AUGUCGUCGUCAGCAGCACCGAGCCUCGCCCACCGAUCCAUUGCCAAUAUCCGAACGGAGACAGGCUCUGGCAUCAGCGGUGGUCCCGCAAGUCCACACACCCCUUCUCGCAACAUCUCGUCCACAUUCGGCUCCCCAUCCAGUCUACGCGCCGAGGAAGACAACAUCGUUAUAGAGCUGGGUUCUCGCUUCAUUAAGCUUGGGUUCGCCGGAGAGCCAGCACCGAAAGCUGUACUGUCUCUAGGCCCCGAACAAGUGCGACGUGUUGGCGAUUUCCGCACCUGGGACCCAGAACACAAAGAUGAUUGGCGGCGACGCCCAACGGGCAAGACUUGGGGAAGUGACCACGAGCUCUGGCAGUAUGACGUGCGGACUGUUGACUUGGGGCUCGUGGAGGACAAGAUAGAUCGGUCCAUUCGAGAAGCAUUAAACAAGUUCCUGCUCAUCGACUCACGGCCGCGAAGGACUUCUCUCGUUCUUUCCUCGUCGAUACCCCUGCCAUUGCUGUCAUCCACCCUCGACGUUCUUUUCCAACGCUUUCAGGCACCAACUGUAUCUUUGAUGUCAUCUGCAGUCACGUCGGUUGUGGGAGCUGGCACUCGGUCAGCAUUGGUUGUGGAUCUUGGCUGGGCCGAGACCAGUGUGACGAGCGUCUAUGAAUACCGCGAGAUCCGCACAACAAGGACCACCCGGGCAGGCAAGAUGCUAGUUAAUGAGACACACAACCUGUUGCAGGAUGCACUGUCGACUUCACCGGCGCACUCGCAUAAGACUCGUCGCGAACGGGAGCAAGGGCAGCAUUCUCUAAGCUUUGAGGAGUGCGAAGAAGUCGCCUGCCGCCUCGUCUGGUGUCGCCAAGUCAAACGUGGUGAUCUACCAAGUGUUAGGCGGCAGCAGCAGCAGCAGCAGCAGCAACAACAGAAAUCCGAAGGAGAAACAUUGCCCACAGUCGAGGAACAGGACGAGUACUCGCCUCCAUCGCCCGUUGACGAGGAGCGGUCUGAUGGUAAUGUGGAGGUUGUGAUUCGAUCUGUGGAACCAGCCGAGAACCUGAGCUUGCCAUUUCAACAACUGUCCGAGCCGUGCGAAAACACCUACUUUGCACCACAUUACUCACGAAGUAGCUUCGACGACGACGAGCUCCCUGUCCAUCGCCUCAUCUACCAGCAUCUUGUCCAACUUCCCAUAGACGCUCGCGCAGUCUGUAUGUCGCGCAUUGUAUUUAUUGGCGGCUGCGCCAGAGUCAUUGGCUUAAGGCGCAGGAUAUUCGAUGAGCUGUCAAAAUUAGUACACGAGCGUGGCUGGAACCCCGUUCAGGGGCGUGCACCAAAGCAGUACGAGGAUAAUACGCUGCUGAAGAGAGGCAGCCGCCGGGCAACCGACGGCCCUACGGAGAUCGAGUCGGCCGCAAGGGAGACGGAAGACGGCAGAGUUACGGGCGAAGAUGAAGCUCGAAGCGCAGCGGAUGUCAUCGAGGAUUCCCUGAAGAAGCGAGACAGCCACUAUCCUAGAAUCCAAGGCACCCUCCGGCCUCUGGGUUCGCUCGGGCCAUGGGGAGGGGCCAGCCUGGCGUGCCAGCUCAAAGUGAUGGCGAUGGCCAACAUUGACCGUGAGCUGUGGCUACAACAGGGGGUCAACGGGGCUUCACGGCCGAAUGAAGUCGACGUAAAGGCUCAGCAACGUCAAAGCAUGGGCCCCGGUGGAUUGAUGCGCGGAGCCGGAGGUCAAUCGAAUUGGACGUUGGGGGCAUGGGGAUCUUUAUAG